AUGGAGGACACAACCAUGCCGGAUGACUCCAAAGGCCUUUUUGGAGAGUCUAGUUUUACAAUCAUACCCAAUGGCUUGUCCGAAGACCGCCUUAGCCAGCUUCAGAACGAUGUCGUUGCCGCAAACGGCACCAUAAUUCCUUUCGACGCCUCCAAAGGGCGUAUCGAGCGACUUGAAGAAAUCAACUAUAUUGUCUCUGCAACGUCCGACUUCCCCGACUACUACCGCGCGCUGGACCUUAUGAUACACGUUGUGAAGCCGACGUGGGUGGACCAGUCUCUGAAGGGGAACAAAACAAAGAACCCCCGCACAUACAGCCCCGACCCUGCGCUGUUCAUGAGCGACGUUAUCAUAUGCUGCGGCAACCUGCCGAGUGGAGACAAAGAAGCUAUCCAGGGCGGAGUGCUUGCAAUGGGAGGACAGUACACAGAGCAGCUCUCGAAAACGGUCACGCAUCUGAUCUCCUUGGAUCUUGACGAUCACCGAUGUCAGCUAGCCAUCAGCAAGCGACUGAAUCUCACAAUUGUCCUGCCGCACUGGUUUGACGAUUGCCUCAAAGUUGGUCGCAGGAUCUCCGAACGACCGUACACACUACCAGACCCUGAGAUCCUGAACGUGGAGCUCAGCGUCGUUCCCACGGCACGAACGAGCCAACAAAUACGAGACGCAACCACCCCUGACCCGGUCAACGAACCCGUUCCCCAGGCGCUGUCAGCGCGUUCCGAAGGCCCGCGAGCGAUACAAGCAUUUUCUGGGAAGAGGGUAAAGCUGGGCGAAGACCUCAACCUCAACAGCAGGCUCAAGGGCAUCAUCUCAGGCAUGAUCAAGAGCGGCGGUGGAGAUAUAACUACCAAGGUCAAAGAGGCGGACAUCUAUGUGUGCAGCUAUCGAGAUGGAGACGAUUAUGUCAAGGCAUCGCAGGAUGGUAAGGAUGUGGGCAAUCUGAGCUGGCUAUACUACCUGAUCACGCACAACGUCUGGACAAAUCCCAUGCGGAGGAUGAUGCAUUACCCACGGCCUCGCAGUGGCGUACCAGGGUUUGAGGGUUUCAAAAUCAGUAUAUCAAGUUACACUGGCGAGGCUCGCGUGUACCUUGAGAACCUCGUUCGCUCCACCGGUGCUGAGUUCACAAAGACAUUCAAGCAGGACAACACACAUCUCGUCGCUGCGCACAAGAACAGUGAAAAGUGCGAAGCUGCGCAAGAAUGGAGUGUGAACGUUGUCAAUCAUCUCUGGCUAGAAGACAGUUACGCGAAGUGCAAGCUCAUGUCAAUAUCGGACAAUCGCUACACCUACUUCCCUUCGCGAACGAAUCUUGGUGAGGUGUUGGGUCAGACCGAGAUCGAUCGCGAUGCCACGGAGAAGAUGUUCUUUUCGGCGGCACGCAAGCCCUCGAAACCAGUUCAAGCGCCAGCGCCACCCUCCGAGUCGGUCGCACAGAGCCUGCCACUAAACAGAGCAGCCAGCGAUUCUGCGGCUCGCAGCUCACCAGCAGCAGAGAGGAUCAAGCGGACGAGGACGACCGAUGUUGAAAAAACACCAGUCCCCGCACGAAACCUCGAUGGGAAGGAAAACCAGACACCGGGAAGUCGAGGCGCGAAAGACCGGGCGCUGUCGAAACUGCAUAACGCUGCAGGGGACAUAGCGGCUUUUGAGAAGGAGAUGAAGCGGAAGGGUGGUGUUGUACAUGGCGGGAAACGAAGGGCAGAGGAUGAAAUUGAGGAUCGAACGAGGAAAUCCAAAGGUGGCCGCGAUUCAGUCUCCAGCAAACGCUCAGCAGACGAGGUCGAUCAGGAUGAUGAAACCGAAGACGAGGAGACGGAGGCACCCACAAAGAGUAAGAAAGCGAAGAAGGACAAGCUCGAACCCAUAAAAUUCCGCGUGCUGGUUUCAAAGGACGAACGAUGGGCUGGCAAUCUGGAAAAAGAGUCAAAAGACAAAGCACGAUUACGCGAACUUGGUCUCUUCAUCACAGAAGACUUCAAGAAGGUCGACAUUCUGUGCGCACCACACGCAGUACGAACCAAGAAGUUUGUCGCGGCUAUGGCAUGCGGACCCGCCUUAGUGGGAUCAUCAUAUCUCGACUUCGUCCUCAGGAAUAACAAGCUUCCCCCGCCAGAAAAGCAUGCCAUGGACGUCCGCGACUUCGAGAAAGAGCAUGGCUUUAAGAUGGCGCAUGCUGUUCAACGCGCAGUACAGAACAAGCACCACCUUUUCCGCAACUGGACAAUCUUCUGUACGGAGAAGGUUCCAGGCGGCUUCGAAACCUACAAGGAUAUCAUCGAAGCCAAUGGCGGCAAGUGCUCGCUCUGGAAGGGUCGCACUACUAAUAUCACUGCCACAAAACGCCUCAUCGACGCCUCUGCCGGUGAAGAAAGCCAGAACCAAAAGGAAGAUGAAGGCGAUGUCUUGUACCUCAUCUCCGAUGCCAACAGCAAGGAGUUCGCCAACUGGACCAAGUUCCGUGAGCUGGCUGAGAAACACGACAUGGUCCCUAGGAUUGUAAAGACUGAAUGGUUGCUGAUCAACGCUAUGGCGCAGUAUGUGCAUUGGAAGCCCGAAUGGGAGCUUACUGAAGAGGUAGUCAAGGCGGCAAAGUCAUGA